AUGCAAUCUGGUAAGCCGCUACCACUGAAAGAAAAUGCCUUAUUUAAAAGAAUCUUGAAGUGUUACGAGCAGAAACAGUACAAAAAUGGUUUGAAAUUUGCGAAGCAAAUCCUCUCAAAUCCCAAAUACACAGAACAUGGAGAGACCCUUGCGAUGAAAGGCUUGACCCUCAACUGCUUUGGUAGAAAAGAGAAAGCUUAUGAAUAUGUCAGAAGAGGUUUAAGGAAUGACCUCAAAUCUCAUGUAUGCUGGCAUGUUUAUGGACUGCUGCAGAAGUCUGACAAAAAGUACGAUGAGGCCAUCAAGUGCUAUAUGUAG